AUGUCGUCGCCGUCCCGCCGCCGGCAGCGUGGCUCCCAGUCUUCUACGCCGCGUCGGUCAACUCGUCUGUCCGAAUCCAACGGCCGUGGUCCAUCUUCGCAGCUCGCCUCAAGCCCGAUCCUUUUCCGGUCCUCUUCGCCUGCCCCCGAUGCAAGCCAACAUGCUGGAGAGGUGUCGUCCCCCUUGAGGCAGAUGACCGGCAGUCAGUCCACAAACGGCCUCGCGCCCGCGCCCAGCUCACCACUGCGGCGAGCGUCAGAGACGCACACGCCGAGAGACGAUCCUCAAAGAACACCGAGAGCAACGAGAGCUCUUGCUGGAGAAUCUUCACCUAUUCGUUACGAGCCGAGCUCUAGCCCUGGAAGAUCUCUCGGCCAGCGCUCAGAAUUACGAAGCGAAAGUAGUGGCUUGUUUGUUCGCUCGGAACGCGGCGGCUCUGCCGCCUACAGACGCGGGGAUAUCAAUUCCGAUGCUGUGCGAACACCUCGCGCGCCUCGCCGCAUCGUCUUGGACGACAGCGGCCGCGUUGUGCAGGAGGUUUCGACUCCCGCUUCAGAUGCACCUUCUUUCGCGAACCGGGACCCAAACACGUCCGAAGCGGACCAUCUGGGCGGUCAAGGUCAGAGUCUCAUCUGGGGUACUACCGUCUCCAUCGAUGAUACCUUUGCCUCUUUCAAGGACUUCUUGCGCAAUUUCACCCAAAAGUACAGAAUGUAUCGUGAUGGGUUCUCCGACGCCGAUGUGCAGAAUGCUCCCGAUGCCGAGUCCAAGCCAUAUGCGGAGGCCCUAGGGAAUAUGCUGCUUCUUGGUACCACAAGGCUCUACCUGGACAUCUCUGAUCUGAACCUUUACCCACCGACGCGAAAGCUGUGGCACCAGAUCCAAGCAUAUCCGCAGGAAAUCGUUCCCGUCAUGGACCAGUCCGUACAUGAUCUGAUGGUUGAGCUGGCGCGGGCCGACUCCAUCCGAAACCGGCCUUCCCAGAGCAGUGCUGAACAACAUGGCACGCAGAAUAGCACCCAAAGCUCAGAGCCAGUCUUCCCCAGCUCUGAUCGACCUGAUGGGCCUGCCACCCCCCGUCCGCAGCAGGACCAACCGCAGCUGGAGGAUCAAGUGUCGUCAUCGAUUUACGUUGUUCGCCCCUUUGGCCUUGAACAGAAUACGAACUUGAGAGACCUUAAUCCUUCAGACAUGGACCGUCUGGUUUGUGUCAAGGGCCUGGUGAUUCGAGCAACGCCGGUAAUCCCUGACAUGAAGGACGCCUUCUUCCGGUGCAACGUUUGCAACCACUCGGUGAAUGUUGGCCUUGAUAGAGGCAAGAUUCGCGAACCAACGGAAUGCCCCCGGCCCAUCUGCAACAGCAAGAAUUCCAUGCAGAUUGUUCACAACAGAUGCUCCUUUGAAGACAAACAAGUCAUCAAGCUGCAGGAGACCCCGGACGCCGUGCCUCCGGGCCAGACGCCUCACGCAGUAUCCGUUUGCGUCUACAAUGAACUGGUCGACUUCUGCAAAGCUGGCGAUCGCGUCGAGCUGACUGGCAUCUUCCGCGUCAGCCCUGUCCGCGUGAAUCCACGACAGCGGGCCAUCAAGAGCGUGUACAAGACGUACGUCGACGUGCUUCACAUACAAAAGGUGGACAAGAAGCGGAUGGGCGCCGACCCAACCACCCUCGGCGUCGAGGGGGAGGAGGAGGCCGAUGACGGCGGCAACGAGCUGGAACAGACCCGCGUCAUUACACCCGAGGAAGAAGCCAAGAUUCGAGAGACGGCGGCCCGUGAGGACAUUUACGAGCUUCUCGCUCGAUCACUCGCUCCUUCAAUCUACGAAAUGGACGACGUCAAGAAGGGCAUCCUCUUGCAGCUGUUUGGCGGCACCAACAAGACGUUUCAAAAGGGCGGUCGUCCCAAGUACAGGGGCGACAUCAACGUGCUGCUCUGCGGCGACCCGUCGACGUCCAAGUCGCAGAUGCUCUCGUACAUCCACCAGAUUGCCCCGCGCGGCAUCUACACCAGCGGCAAAGGCUCCUCCGCCGUCGGUCUCACAGCGUACGUCACCCGCGACCCCGAGACCAAGCAGCUCGUUCUGGAAUCCGGCGCCCUGGUCCUGUCGGACGGCGGUGUGUGCUGCAUCGACGAGUUCGACAAGAUGUCGGACGCGACACGCUCCGUCCUCCACGAGGUCAUGGAGCAGCAGACCGUGUCCAUAGCAAAGGCCGGCAUCAUCACCACGCUCAACGCCCGGACCAGCAUCCUCGCCUCGGCCAACCCCAUCGGCAGCCGCUACAACCCGGACCUCUCGGUGCCCCAGAACAUCGACCUGCCGCCCACCCUCCUGUCCCGCUUCGACCUGGUCUACCUCAUCCUCGACCGCGUCGACGAGAAGACGGACAAGCGGCUGGCCAAGCACAUCCUGUCCCUCUACCUCGAGGACAAGCCGCACUCGGCCGCCUCGAGCAGCGACAUGCUGCCCGUCGAGUUCCUCACCUCGUACAUCUCGUACGCCCGCGCCAAGAUCCAGCCCACCAUCUCCCGCGAAGCCGGCGAGGAGCUGGUCAGCGCCUACGUCGCCAUGCGCGCCCUGGGCCAGGACGUCCGCGCCGCCGAGAAGCGCAUCACCGCCACGACCAGGCAGCUCGAGAGCAUGAUCCGCCUGUCCGAGGCCCACGCCAAGAUGAGGCUCUCGGACACGGUGACGAGGGACGACGUCCGCGAAGCCAACCGCCUCAUCCAGAGCGCGCUCAAAACCGCCGCGACCGACGCCCAGGGCCGCAUCGACAUGAGCCUCCUGACCGAAGGCACCAGCGCGGCGGACCGCAAGCGGCGCGGCGACCUCAGAGACGCCCUCCUGAAGCUGCUGGACGAGAUGACGGCCGGCGGCAACAGCGUGCGAUGGAGCGACGUCAGCAAGCGCCUAGGCGACGGGGCGAGCAUACCCGUGGACACGUCCGAGUUCAACCACGUCAUGAGGGGUCUCGAGACGGAGGGCCUCAUCUCCGUCAGCGGCGAGGGUGCCAGGAAGACUGUCAGGAGAGUGACGGCUGUUGUGUAA